UUUUCUUUCAUCUUGUGUUUUCUCUUUAUUUCUUGUUUUCUUCAAAUAUAAAUAGCCUACACAGCCGACUCAGACAAAAACAAGACCAUCGAUCAUCACUUUCUUCACGGGCAAUUCGAUAUUUUGAUUGCCUUGGAACAUGGCUGGAGGGAAUGACCAGGUUGAAGUCAAACCCAAAAACCUUAACAUUGUAUGGAGUGAAGACAAGCGCUACUGGAAGCGAGAUGAUGAAACGGCUGAGCUACUACAAGUGUGUUGGCUUGAAGUAACUGGUUCGGCGAAGGUCAGGCCAGGAAAUAGGUAUAAAAUAUCGUUUGAGGUUUCGCUUAAAGACGACGCAUUCGGGUGGAGUGGGUGUCCAGUUUCGGUGAUGGCAAAGAUUGGGAAGAAGGGAAGAUAUAGCUGGAAAAGAGUGAAGCUUCCUGAUCAAUUAAGUGCAGGGAAUGGUCGCUUCUCAAUUCCUGAUGAAGAUUUUACCAUGGAUGUUCCACCGAAUGGUAAUGUAGCCCAGGAAGAACUUUAUUUCGGUCUUUAUGAAAUUUGGAGUGGAAAAUGGAAGGGAGGACUGAUUAUUCAUAAGGUAAUCAUCACACCAGUUUAGUACUAUUUACUUCAUUGGUUGGAUGUAAUUUUAAAAUGUAAUGUCGGCUGCAAUGUAGCUUAAUAAUGUUUGGGAGACAAACAACCAGAAUAUAUAAGAAAUAAGUGGCCUUAAUUAAGUUGCAUAAUCUUGUUAUUCGCAGUUGAUCAUAAUCAACUUAAAAUAUUGUAAUUGUUGGGAUUUAAAUCCAACACCCUAUAUAUAAAUGAAAUUGAUACA